AUGCUCUCGAUUUUGGUCACCGUGGGCUUUCUCUGCACAGCCACUGCCAUUGCUGAAGUAAUGGAAGUGACUCAGCCAGCAAUGGUGCUGGCCAACAGGCAAGGAGUCGCCAGCUUGGUGUGUAAAUACAAGAACAUCGGGAAUGCAAAGGAAAUCCGAGUGACUUUGCUUAAACAGACUGGUGACCGGUUCACAGAAAUCUGUGCUUCAUCAUACACCAUGGAGUUUAAAACAUUCUUUGUGGAAGAGGUCAUUCAAUGCCACGUUACCCCCAGCCAAAACAAUGUGACCCUCACCCUGGCUGGCCUGCAAGCAAAUGACACCGGGCUAUACAUCUGCAAAAUGGAGCGGAUGUACCCCCCACCCUAUUUUAUGAACAAGGGAAAUGGGACACAUCUCUAUGUCAUUGAUCCAGAACCUUGUCCAGACACUGCCAUAUAUCUCUGGGUAUUAGGAGCUACUGCCUCAGGAUUUUUUCUUUACAGUAUCAUCAUCUCAGCCAUUCUUGUGGGCAAAGCGAUAAAGAGAAGACAAUGUCUCACUACUGGAGUCUAUGUGAAAAUGCCUUCUGAAAAGCUAGAGAAAAAAGUGAUUCCAUUCCACAUCACUGUUAACUGUAACAAGGAAAGAGAGAAACCAUUUCCUAGCUGGGAUGGAGAGCCUGCUAAUUCAUUUCAGUUAAAGAAAUGA